AUGUAUUUGCGAAUGAAGAAUCCAAUGCUAAACGUAAUCGGCUUCCCGAUCUACGCUAUCGAAUCGGAGCACAUUGAGAAGAUGUGCAACCUGGUGCAUGAAAUCAGGGACAAAUGCAGCGCGGUUCAGCGUUGUCCGGGCCACCAAGUAGUGCAGUUCACGAACGCCCUGCUAGGCUUUACCUGCGGUCCUGAGCAGCAGAACUUCUUCCUGCACUUCCAAUGUAUUCAGGACGCCAUCCGCCAUAGCCCAGACUGUGUUCCAUUGGUCAAUGGUGCAUGGGUACCUGGCUUCCACAAAGAGGUCUGCCACAAUAUGCCCCAGUUCUUUCGCUGUGUCCAUCGAUCCGUGCUUGGGGAAUGUGGCUCCGACAGCGUCAACGUACUUGUCCGCACCAUACGGCAGUUUUGGUGCGAUGUUGGCAGAGUCCCCCAAAUUACUAUUGCUAAUCCUCAGAUGCCACUGGAGGACAACAUUUUACCAACAGUGACAGCUGUGAAACUGAUGCAGUCUGUAGAGGCUGACAACCAAAUCGAAGAACAUCAGGAACCAACGGUUGGCAGCAGAAACGAUUCUACAAAGCUGGCCGCUCAAGGUGACAUUCAGAAAGGUAGGAGUAAAUUUCUCGUAACCAUCCACGACAAAUCUACCGACGCCGGAAACGGUUUGGAAAUGAACGAAGUGCACCGGUUGGACCGGGUGUUCAAGAAAAUCUCCAAGUCCAGCGACGGCUGCUCGUCGACGAAACUGACGCGAGUUCGAGCUGCACUGCAACCAUUGUUCAAAAAGUGGUUGGAGUUCCACAAACUUCGCAAACUGGAGAACGUCGACUUCCCGUUGUACUUCUACAACAAGGCGGAGCUGCUUGAGUUGUGCGAUUAUUAUGCGACAGCUUUCCUUCAGUGUUCGUUCACCGACUUUCAGGACUGUGCGAAAGAUGACGUGAUAUUCAUUGCCAACGGAAUGCUCGGCUACAUCUGCUCGUCGCAGCACGUCAGCACGUUUACCGAAAACUUCGACUGCAUCGCCCUGGUGUUAAACAACCUCAGCCAGUGCCGUAAGUUCAUCACC